AAGAAAAUUAUCUGGAUGUGGUGGCAUGCACCUGUAGUCCCAGGCCCAAAGAUCCUUUUUUGAGUAAAAUCACCAUUCACAGGUUCAGGGGAUUAGGAAAUUGACAUAUCUUGUUAGGGACCACCAUGCAACCCACUGAAGCGAUGUGUAUAUUUAUGUAUUUAAGGAAAGGCAAGACAAAGAGAAGUGCAUUGGAAGCAGUGAUCUUUUUCUUUCCCCCCACUCCAAGUUUCUGUCAUUUGUCAAGCUAUUCCCAAUGUCUCUCUCUGGUGACUCUCCACUGAAGAUAGUUUUCAACUUUUUCUUUAAAUAUAAUUGAAAAAAAAAAAAAAAGAGAGACUUAGUACUCAUUUCUUUGACCUUCAAUAUUGGUUGUCAGGUUACAGUGAUUAACUUUAUAGGUUUAGACUAAGCCAUGGGCCUCUCAGUCCCCCAGAACUCCUAUGUUUAUGUAAUAAUCCUCUCUCUCCUCUCUCUUUCUCUCUCUCUGUCUCGUGUGUGUGUGUAUGUAUGUGUGUGUGUGUGUGUGUGUGUGUGUGUGUCUUCUAGGAAAGUAAAUACAGUUAUUUACCUAUGAGCAAUUCUAAGAAUUCUGAUUCCUCUCUAGAUUGAGUAACACAGAUUGCAUCUCGUGGACUGACAUAAUGCACAUGUGCUUUGACUUAUCUUCUGACCAAGGCUGUUCAACACUGACAGGCAGCACUGUAACCCAAAGAGUACUUUUCUGGUAGAUUCCUAGUUUUUCCAUGGUCCUGGCUGAGCAAAUGUCCUUUAGAUUUGACCUAGAAAACCCUUCUUGUGUGUUUUGUAGCUUCACAAGCCACUGCUAAUGUACCUUCUUCACUUGGGCCACCCACGGUGAUUUCUAUCCUGGAUUCCCUGAGCCAAAUACCCAUGAUGGGAUGGUUCAGUGAUGUGGAUGGAUGGCUAUUUGUGUAAGGGCUGAAACUAGUUUUCUAAGAUGGGAGAGCUGGGCAGUUACUUACACGCUGAAGCCCUCCUUCUUCUUUGGUGGGGCUUUCCAAGCACUGCCUAAUAGUUCUCUGUAUUUAAGAUAAGUCAUGAUUGUUAGGAAAAAAAAGAAAAAAAAGUUAGUUUUUAGACUCCUGACAAGUAAGACUCUUAAAAUUUAGCAAAUAAUACCUCAUGAUUUUUAUGAUGGCUGUUUGAUUAUUUUAAUUCCUUGGCAACACUGAAGAAAUUCAAAGAAGUUCAAUAGCGAGUAAUAGCUAUAAAGGGAAGAAGGGUGAUUUGUCAAACUUCAGAAUCAACUUUAAAUGUAAAAACAAAAAGAUCAUUCCCCCGAAUCAAACCACCUCAUCAUGGUCUGAGCCCUUGUUGAGUGAGGAGAGAAAACAUUUACAGAACACCUGGAAAGACCUUCAGGCCUGGAGCUGAGAAACCGGAACAUGAACAUUUUGCAGUACUGCCCCUCUUCCGAUAUCUGGACCCUCUUUGAAACAUGUGACGUCCACAUUCGCAAGCAGCAGAUGGUGUCUGUGGAAGAGACCAUCUACAUCGUGGGGGGGUGUCUCCACGAGCUGGGGCCCAACCGCAGGAGCAGCCAGAGCGAGGACAUGCUCACCGUGCAGUCCUACAACACCAUCACCCGGCAGUGGCUCUACCUCAAGGAGAACACGUCCAAAUCGGGGCUUAACUUGACUUGUGCGCUCCAUAACGAUGGCAUCUACAUCAUGAGCAGAGACGUCACCCUGUCGACCAGCUUGGAACACCGAGUGUUCCUCAAGUACAACAUCUUUUCAGAUAGUUGGGAAGCAUUUCGGCGUUUUCCAGCCUUUGGACAUAACUUGCUGGUGUCUUCUCUUUAUCUGCCCAAGAAAACAGAAACAUGACUGAAUUGAAUUCGUAGAUGAAAGAAAACUGGUUCAAGAUUUUUUUAAAAAACGUAGUGUCCCAUUGCAAGGGAGACUGAUUCCUAAAGGGUAAAGAAGGGUUAAAGUAGGUCACAUAUAUAUACAGUAGCAGCUGUAAAUAAGCUUACUUGAACUAAUUACUUGAAAACUUGUGGAAAAAAGAGACCAAUUUUGUUAUUUUUUAAAUUAUUGAUUUUUUAAAUUAUGGGAGCAAAUCCAUCUCCAGACAUGAUACUCUUGGGCCAAUGACGGAUCAUCAAAAUGUAGAUUCAUUGUGACUGCAUGGUAAAGGGCCACAGUCAAUAAUUGGAACAAAUGGUAAAGAUGAUUUUUAAAAUCUGUUGUAUUUAGGUCCCUUUACAGAUCAUUAGCACCUUAUGUGAGAGAUUUUCUUUUUCUUGCCAGUAUACUUGACAAGCAUUCAUAUUAACAUAUUCAUUCCCUUUUCUCCAUCAGGCAUACCCACACAUACAUCUAGUAUGUUUAAAAUAGGGUUCUGUGUUCAGAUAUUUUCUUUGCACACUACUUUUUAGGAAACUUACAAUGAUGGAGCCCUGCAGUGAAUCCUUGCCAGUGUUCAGUCCUCCUUAAAACUUACAUUAAAAACACUCUCAGCUAUGUUUCCAGCCUUCUUUGCAGGUACAAAUGCUGGAUUAAUAGAUUGAUAUAACCUUUUAUUUUAUUUAUGUGACAGAUUGCAUACUUAUGUGGUCACAUAGGUUGCAUUGCUAGGUGUUCUGUAUAAAGAGGAUAUGUUAUUUAGAAAAAAUGAAUAUAUGAAUAUUUUUAAAAAUUGAGUCUUAAAUUUAAAUGGGAAGGGAAGAAAACACCAAAUAAGACAAAAAUUUGCCUUUGAGAGUUACUUUUAUUGAAUGUAUUUGACUUAGUUCUUAUUUUAAGGCUUAAAAAAAGUUUAUCAUAUUUAAGUCAGGCAACUAAUUUAACCUUAGCUUUGUAAUUCAUGUUUUGCUUUUGUGGACUAAGGUAAGGACAGCAGUUAAACAUUUGUGCUGGAGUAAGAGGAAGAAGCCCUUACAGAAGUGGAAUGGCUUCUGGUAGUAUUUCUGAAGUUAGGUAAAGUGCUUUUUACUUGCCUUGGUUGUUAAUUGAAAUAGAAUUCGGCUCAAGCAGCUGUUUUCACUGAGGGAGUUAACAAUAAAAGUUUCUGCCAAUCAUAGAUCAGCAUUCCUCAAAAAUAUAUAUACUCAUACUUACAGAAAUUUUAUUUUGAUUGAAAAACACUCUAAAAUUAUCUGAUAUUUUGUAAUGGAAUCAGUUAAACUGAGCUGGAUUCCAUCAUUCUGCACUAACAGCAGGCAGAACCAUUUCAGUUAGUGUGUGCCUCACUUUAAGAAAAUCCCGUUGCGGGAAAAAAACUGUCAGAGCAAAUUCAUGCAUUCAGCAAACACAUAUUGAGUGCCUGCAAUAUGCCGUCCACUGUGCAGAUGUAGGAUGGGGCUAAUUACUUGGAGUUCUUCAGUUUAUUAUAGGAGUCACUACAGGGUUUCUUUACAACUAUGGUCUCUAGUAUAUACUUAAAAUAACCGUCCAGUUAUAAAAAGCCUAUUUGCACAACUUUUUUGGGAAUACUUCUAUUAAGUAAAAUGAGGUAAGCCAUUAUUUUGGACAUAGAAACAGAUCUGUGUAUCUUGUCACCAAAUAAUCUUAUCUCUGAAGUCUACUUACAACUUUGUAAGGGUUUCUAAGCUGUGCCCAUUUAUUCCCAAAUAUUAAGCCCUUAAAAAGGUAACCUCUGAACAAAAAUCUGUGCCCAGUAAUAGUACUUAAUAGAUUUUAAUGUUAAUUUAUAUUCAUUAUAGAAUUGAAUUUCCAGUGACCUAUAUUUUAUUACAUAUAUUUUAAAAUCUAAUUUAUUUUAGAUGGUGUUAACUUUUUCUUGCUGAAGAGCUUAACUUUUUAAAGGCUUAGUCCUAUACAUUUAGAAGAUGAGUCAGUUGAAUUAGUACUGGACAAACAGUUGGAGAUUAGCUUGCAAAUAAGCACAUCAUAUCAAAUACAGUAUUCCUGCCAACCAGUUAAUUCUCUUCCUGAUUACAUUAUUUGGAUCUGCUUGCCUAAUCUUAACAAUUAGAUUCUUGGACCAAGUGUAGAUAUACUCUGAUCCGCAAAGCUCUUUUAUAAACCAGGUUUGGGUUGUGUGUAUGUGUGUGUUUGGAUAGUAUAGCUCUCUUUAGGACAGGCAUCUAUCAAGAUUUUGUUAUUCUGGGCUGCCAGCAGUACUUGAGAAAGCUAGAAUGUGCAAUAGGAACAGAUUUGUGCAUUUUGGGAUAUCCUUCCUGCCGUGCACAUCAGCUGUGUUGACAUUUUGAGGAUAGUUUUAAUUUAGCUGUCUUCUUGUUGGUGCCAGUUUACACUGAAGACCCUACCUAUGAUAGAGGCAAUGUUGUUUUGAAAAUCUCCCUUCAUCCCCUAGGACUGUCCUUUACUCCUUGAUAGUAUCUCUCCAUUUUCUUCCCAAUUCUCUAAAUGCUUUAUCGUUUUUUUUCAGAGAUGCUUCUGAGGGACCCUGACCUCCCACUAUGGGGAUGGGGUUGCUUGGAGGACCUGGGGUGACAGCCCACUGACCAGAAGCACCCUAUUUUAUAAAUAGCGGCUUGAAUGGUGGAGAGUGAGUCUCACGUGUGGGUUGUUAGAAGGCUGGUUCCGACGUCCUGUCAUUCUCUCUGGCUUUCCUUUCAACCCCCGCAGUUUCAGAGGCCUCUCCCCUUAGCAUCCUUUAAAAGGUUUUCUCAUGAAUGUCUACAAGAGUUGAUUAUUUUGACAGUAUAGGUUAAGUCACAACGACGAAGUACUGAGAAGGUUAUCAGUACCAGGAAAACAGAAGUCUUAAGAUUAGAAUGAGAACCAAAGAGAAUUUAACCCUGCCAUUUUUUUUAAACACCAAGAUCCUAAGUAAUUCUAAAUGCCUUAGAUAUCAAUGAAAGCUACACACCAUUGAGAUGAACAAAAUUCUCUCUCUGUGAAGGGAGUAAUCAAGUAAAUGCCUGUUCUCUUUCAAUGGACUGUUGCUUAUUGAGCAUUGUGAAUAAUGUGUUUUCAGAUUUCCAGUUCUGACCCUACCUGUUUGGCCAAAGAUGUAAAUUGAGAGGAAAGGCCUUGGUCUUCCUGAUCAGCCAGCAUUUAAUGAACAGUGGCUUAAUGCAGAUCACUCAAGAGGCAGCACAGCAGUGUAAAAGGAAUGUAAGUAGGAGUUGGAUGCCUUUUUCCUAGGCCAGGAAUGGGGAAUACAUAACAUCUGUGCCAUCGUUCUUCUAAGGAGGCAUUAUUGAAUGAGUGCAGCAUUCCUUUCCUCUGUGCCAGGAUUUGGUCUUAGAAUCUAUGUCAGAUGGGUGCUUCCAGACAUCUAUUCCCAAUCCAUCAGCUAUUUGCCACCCCUGCCUUAGACAGAGGAGUGAAGGAAUUAAGAGGGUAGACACCAACCAAAAUGGCUUUGAAAGCAAUAAGCUGAUUCAGCUCUAGUCCUGUGGUAACUAGAAAGUGUCUGUCAUGUGCAAGACAAUGCUAAGAACUGAGAAUGCAGAUAUAAAUGUCACAGUCCAUGACCUUGAAGAGCUUACAGCCUUAUAAAGAGGUUCACUGUAAUUGUCUUCACCAGGGCAUCCUUCUCAAAGAUGCCCACUUUUGUCUGGCACAUAGGGGCUUGGUGGUCUGGUGGUCCCUUCCAUCUUGGCCCAAUCUAUCCUUUGUUUUUGUGAUUUACUAACAAUUACCAUUAACCAGUUUUGUUUUUCUUUUCAAUUUGAACAUCACAUCCUGUGUUUUAGUUUUUUCCUCUAUGCUUUUCUCUCACUGCUUUUCAUAGUCUUCUAUGUACUUUAUUAUUAUGAAAAAAAUGAAAAUCAUAUGUAAUUUGCUUUAUUUUAAAAUGCUCACUAAGCACUGCAGACUUUGCAGUUGUGGUCCCAGCUGCUUGGUCCAGUGGAAAGGAAGAGUGAAGCCAGGGAAGUUAGUAUCCAGGAGGGGCAAGUUGAUUGCAUGUGCAUUUAUACCUAUGCCUUUAAAACAUUCCCAUAAAAAGAAUAAAGAAAUUUCCAUUCUGCACUAGUACCGAUGAAAAGACACUUGAUUUUGCCUUGUGAUAAUUAUCAAAGGAUAGUUUUUCAUCCUUAGGUUUAAUUCACAUAAGAGCUUUUUUUUUCUUUGUUAACUUAGGAACACAUCAGUUCACAUCAGCUGACAUGUUGCUGACGUCUGUACUUGACAUAACCAUUUUUAUUCCUACAGGAACCAUUAAAUAUAAAAGAUGGUCAAUUUUGAAGAGCAAAAGGGUGCCGAAAUGACUUGUAGGGUUGGCUGGUGCUUUUUCAAAUGGAUUGCUGUAGUUUAUUACUCGUAAAGAAAAGGAAAAUGUGAUUUACGUUAUUGUCGUUUUUUCUAUUUAAAAAAAAAAAACCUUAAGAAUGGGGCACUUUAGCUGUCCCCACAAUGUUUUCAUAUCUAGUAGUCAUUUUAGGGAAAGUGAUAAUCUGUAGAAUGAAUAGUUAUGUUUUGAUAUGACCGAUACUUUCUUUGUUAAAAAGGUUGUAUUGUCUUCAAUUUCAAGUGUAGCUUAAAAGUGUAAACAUUAUGUGAUUCAUUUGAAUACAAGAAUGCCUAUGAAGUACUCACUAUAACAGCAUUCCUUUUGUGUUUAGAACUAUAGAAGAAAAGAUCUUCAAAUAAAGUAGUUCUCAGUCA